GUUAAUAAAAUUUGUCAGUUUUCAAACGAUAACGUAUGUAAGUUCAUAAAUUUAAUGAUUACGUGUUAAAAUGACCGGUUUAUAUAUAUUAUUCUUUGCCAUGCUUAUGGCAACAGCAAAUACACUAAAUUUCAAAUUAUCCAGUGAUUGUGUCCCAAAUUCGAACUGUCCAUUAAAUGACAUUGGCUAUGCAGUUCAUCUUCCUGAUCGUAGCAACUGCCACAAAUUUUUUAAAUGUACAAGAGGAAUGGCAUGUUCAAAGGAAUGCCCACACUAUGGAAAUGGAAAUCAAUUAGUCUUUAAUCCGAAAGAAGAAGUUUGCGAUUGGCCAUUUAACGUCCCGAAUCUACCAAAUUGCGUUUAUCCAGGGCAAUCAAGUGCGGCAGAAACGACGAAACCGACAACUAUUAAAACAGAAACGGCGAUCUCAACAACUACUUCAACAAAAACGACAACACCGUCAACUACUUCAACAGAAACAGCGACAAGUUGUAAAGGCAGAAAAUACUCGGAGGAUAAAACGGAUUGCAGAUACUAUUGGGUAUACGAUUGCGAAAGUAAAAGAAAAUGGAGAGAUAAAUGCGCAGAAGGACUCAUUUUUAAUCCGAAAAUCGCAACUUGCGACAGAGCAUCGAAUUUUCCUUGUUCAACGACAAGUCGUCCAAUUCGAAAAUAAACGAUAUAACAAUGGGGAAGAAAAAUUUUCUGGAUUUUGACAAUGCUGUUAAAAUAUAUUGAAACGAUUUCUAGAGAGAGAAAAAUAAUUUCAACAAAAAUUGAUACGUAUUUUACGAAGAUAAUUGUGUUUUUAGAUUAAUUAACGAAUAUUAUUGUGAUAGCAAGAUUUAAAAAAAAAAUAAAAUAUUCAAAAUUGUAUCAAG